AUGAGUCCCCCUCUGUUGAGUUGCUUGGCGUUUUCCGUCUUUUUCGUGUCCGUCGUGUCGACCAAAAUCCUUCAUGUGUCGCUCAACGCGGGCGACUUUCCGCUCGCCGUCUUCCUCCUCUGCCUGCCCGCCUUUUUCCUGACCGACGUGGUGCUGUUGACGGCCGUAUUCCUGCUCCUACGGCGUAAGAUUGGUCUGCUGUCGCUCGUGGGGCGCGUCGUGGCGUGCUUGAUCAGCCUCAUCACGUUUGGCGCCGCGUCCUCGUUCUGGAGCUUCUGGUGGAAGACGGGCGGCGAAAUCGAGUGGGCCGACGUCAAGUCGUUCGCCUCGGACGCCGAGGGCAAAAAGGUGCUGCUCAGCGAGAGCUGCACCGCCCUGGCGUUUGCGAGCGUGCUCCUCGCCGUCUCCUGGCUCGCCAAGGGCUACGUCUACGCCCUAGCCGCCGCCUUUGUCUCGGGGGCAGAGGCACACAUCACCUCUGGCCUGCGAUGGAUUACCAGGACGACCGGCGUCGGCAAGCACCUGCUCAGGGCGCCCGCCGAACCCCUCCUCCCGAAGCAGGAGCACGAGUUCGACUCCGAUUCCGACGAUGAAGAGCCGACAUCGAUGCUCGAGCCCGACGACGGCACGCCGCGCAAGUGCCGCGCCGCGCACAUCGCCCCUUGGAUCGUCGGCGCCGCUGCCCUCGCCGUCUUCCUCUCGCUCGCGACCGUCCUCGACCCCGACCGGCCCUACAGCCGCAUGCUGUCGACGCUACCGCUGCCGCUCGUGGGCAUCUUCAUGGGCAAGUCGGUCCAUUGCGUCGACAGCAGCUGGCCGCUGCCCGCCCUCAUCGCCAAGUCGCGCUGGGAGCUGCCCCGCGGCGAUUUCAAGGGCUGGGCCCCUGGUACCGAUAGUGCCCUGGCCAAGAAGUACACCGAGAGGGUUCCCUCGUGGAUGCCGGACCCCGUGCCCGACGGCUUCUUCAGGUGGGACCACAAGUUCAGGGCGCAGACCGAGGCGUCGUCGCAGGCCAAGUUGGCCAAUGCGUCCUCGGCCGCCGCUGCCGACAAGUGCCCCGACAAGUCUGGCGACGACGCCAAGUGGUACAACCCCGUCAACGAUCCGCUCAGAGUCUCCAACCUCGACGAGGAGGUGCUGCCGGCCCUCGCCAGCGCCCUCGCCGCCGUCAACAUCAAGCACAUUGCGCUCUUCCAGAUGGAGAGCUCGCGUGAGGAGCUCUUUCCCAUCCAGCAGGACUCGGGCAUUCACAGCAUCAUCAUGGGCUCCCACGAAGCCAAGAAGCAUGACGAAAUCAAUGCGCUCCUAUCGCAGCUGACGCCCAACGCCGAGAAGAUCAGCGGCAAGCCGGGCAACUUCAAGAGCGCCGAUGGCAAGGCGUACCCGCCAGUGGCGCCAGCGGUAUGGAACGACACGACGCAGCCCGGCUUCGGCGGCAUCACCGUCAUCGGCGGCCACACGCCCAGCAGCGCGUCGACCAAGAGCAUGGCCGCCAGCCACUGCGGAGUGUGGCCCAUGUCCGUCACCAUGUUCGAGGAGUCCCAGACCAACAGCUACCAACCCUGCAUCCCACAGAUCCUCAACCUCUUCAACCAGCUCAAGGGCAACCGCACUGGCGCUAACAGCACCGAUUUUCUCGAGCAGCAGUGGAACUCGGCCUUCUUCAUGUCCAUCACCGACUCGUACGACCGGCAACACGAGUUUGAGAUGAAGAUUGGCUUCGACCCCAUCAUCGAAAAGGAGGCUAUGGACAAGGACGCAGCCAAGGACCCCACGCUCGAGGAGAUCAACUACUUUGGCUAUCCGGAGACGGCGCUCAGGUCGCAUAUGCGCGACUACAUCACCAACGCCACGGCCGACAACAAGCGCAUGUUCAUGUCGCACUUUACCAGCACGACGCACCACGCCUGGGGCGUGCCUGAGUGGUUCAAGACGUUUGACUACAUGCCCGACAAGAGCAAGCACAAGGACUUCAACAAGUACCUCAACGCGGUCCGCUUCGACGACAUGUGGAUGGGCAUGGUGAUGCAGCUGUUUGACGACCUCGGCAUUGCCAACGAGACGCUCGCCAUCUUCGUCGGCGAUCACGGCCAGGCCUUCAAGGAGGACUUCCACAAGACGGGCACGUACGCCAACGGGCACGUUAGCAACUUCCGCGUGCCCAUCAUCUUUAGGCACCCACUGCUCCCGCGCGUGCACUACGAGCACAACGCCACGUCUGUAUCCAUCAUCCCGACCAUCCUUGACCUACUCAUCAACACCGGCUCGCUCAAUAAGCAGGACACGGCCGCCGCUUCGGACCUAGUGCACGACUACGAAGGCCAGUCGCUCAUCCGGCCGUACCGGACGAUUCAACACGGCCGCCGCGCGUGGAACUUUGGCAUCGUCAACCCGGGCGGGCGCUUCCUGGCCCUGACGUCGGCCGACGUGCCGUGGAGGCUCGUCAUCCCCCAGGGCGACGAGCAGUCGGAGCUAGUCUUCACCGACCUCAAGGAUGACCCGCUCGAGCUGCACCGCAUAAAGGCCUGGGCCGUCGCCGGGCUGCAGAGGAAGGUCCGGGCCACCUACGGUGAGGAGGCCGCCACGUGGGUGGCCGAGGCCGAGGCCGUGGCUCAGUGGUGGGCCGAGUCGCGCAAGCGGCUCUGGCACUAUGACGAGUAA